AUGAUCUCUUUAUUGACACCAGUCGUGCUUUUAUGGGCAAUGUGUGAAGCAGAAGAUGAUUACUACUAUCGACCAAGCAAUAUUACACGAUCGACGUUGUCCGGGAUACAAGCCUACAGAUCAGCGCUGACCCUGGACUGGCUGGCGGCCGAGGACAUGAGGCAGAGGGAGCUAGCCGCGGCUUUCGAGACGGAGGUGCCUUCACCGACCAGAAUCAUCAGCACAGACUGUAUUGAUUACGCUAGGCCUGCUUCUGGAAAAAUCGCCAGACUAAUGUUGGAACUGCUUAAGAAUCUAGAAGGUGAUGAGAGCCCAGUCAUGACCGAUAUGAUAGGAGCUUUAGUCCGUGCAAAGUUGUUGGUAGAAACCUCUAUGCUGGACGCGGAGCCUGACCUAGAUGCUUUAGUUAAGACGCCAGGAGUAAUGAUGGGAGAGCCGCACACCACAUUCCCUAGGGUUCUGGCAAUGACUUGGAUGACUGUCACUGAUCCUGUCACCACAAAGAAAUUUGGAUGGUGUCCUUUACAAAAGGUGAACCAGUAUCUCUCUGCAACAAAGUCUAUGGAUAUAGCAAAGAACAUGAGAGCUUUGGAACCCAUCAUAGCGAGGGCUCGCUUCAUUAUGGAAGAGUUUAUUCAACACGUCACACCUCUCAACAUGUAUGAGAAGAAAAGUACACCAACCAAACCGGUGGCGCGGGGUAAACACUACGGCGUACCCAGGAGGGCUACCUACCCACCCAGGACCCCUAAUGUGCGAACUGCCCAAGUGUUACUGGUUCAGUCGGCCACAACAACGACGGUCACAUACCACACGGAGAUUCAGCGUCAAAUUAGGACCGAACCAGAGACUUUACCAGAUAUAGUCGACACCGACAGAAUAGUUUUACUCACUUCGUUCUCGGCACCCAUUCUCUAUUCACACCGAAUAUUGCUUUUGUCUGUUAUGUUUAUUAUUUAA